UGCUCCUUGGAGAUUCCCCUUCCUUCCUGGGCUGUUUGAGGUAAACCUCCACGGUCGCAUCAGUCUCGUGAAUACCUGACGGAGUGGAAAGCUAACUGUACAUGUAACGUGUUUGUCACACAUGUGUGAAACAUGCGGAAGCAGCGGACAGCGCGAAGCUAGAGCCUGGAGAGGUUACGGUGGCUAAAGUACAACCCGGGAGGAACUUAUCGUCUCCAUGGCUGCGAAAAGUUAACGCACAGACGGUUGGAAAACAGGCAUAAUUCCCCUUCGACCGACUUAAGCCACUCUCACUCCCCUGGCUCCAUGGCAGCGGCGGUGCGAGGCAGCGAGUGGUCAUGUGGACGCUGCACCUUCUUAAAUGCCGGCGCCGCCCCUCGCUGCUCCAUCUGUGAGGCGCCGCGCCAGAAACCCGACCUGAACCAGAUCCUGCGUCUGAGCAGCACCGAGGAGCACCGCUGGGCCUGCCCCCGCUGUACGCUCAACAACUCCCAGGGGUCCGGAGCCUGCACCGUGUGUGGCUUCGGACCCUCCCCUACCACCCCUACCCCCCCUACCACCACCAUAGCUGCCACAGCCAACGGCCUUCCACCUGCUCCCACCGAACCUCCAACACCUAUCGUCACCCCGAUGGUUCUCCUCGAGCCCCAUGGACAGCAUCCGGCUAAAGAGGAAGUGCUGCGCCGAUCCGAGAGCAACGGAGAGGUGUGUGUCCUGGAGGGGCAUCACUCCGGGUGGGCUUGCCCUCGCUGCACGCUCCACAACACCCCAGUGGCUCUGUCAUGCUCAGCCUGUGGCGGCCCCAGGAAACUGUCUUUACCUAAAAUCCCCCCUGAGUCGCUAGUGGUGCCUGAGGUGCGCACACCUGUACUGGGGUUUCCCGUCCACACAGCAGGGGCUGCCCCGCUACUUAUAGACCUAACGGACGACUCUCCCCCGGCCCCCCCCUGUGACCCUCAAGAACCUCCGAACGUCCCCUCGCAGCCCCUCGCCUCCCCUUUUACGUCCUUCUCCUCCUCCCUCCAUAACAACCCUGUGCCCCGCAGCAGGAGAGAGGUGCCCCCCCCAGGGCGCCCUACAAACCCGGGCCCCAACACCCCGAGCCCCACCUCCCCCUCAGCAGCCGGUGUGCCCCCCCAGCCAGGCCCACAGCGGCCGGCCAAGCCCAAACACGCACAACCCCAGGAACCUUCGUACCCCAGCAAACGCCUCAGUAUCUUGGAGGAAGAAGACCACCCGCUGAACCCCCAUCUCCCUGUUGCUUCCUCAGGGGCCCCCAGCUGGAAGUGCCCUAGCUGUGCCCUGACCAACCCAGGUAGCUCGUCGAAGUGCGACACCUGCCGCUCCUCCAGAGCUGGGGCUGACCUCAUUGACCUGGUGGGCUGUGAGUCGGUACGGUUUACCCCCGCCAGCCCCUCCAGCCCGGACUUCAGCACCUGGGCCUGCUCCAAGUGCACGCUGCGCAACCCCACAGGGGCCCCCAAGUGCUCGGCAUGCGGUUCCUCCAAGCUGCACGGCUUUCAGGAGCAGCCCCUGCCUCGCUGCUGCACACACUGCGGCGCCGCGCCAUGCUCCUGCACACCUUCCUCCUCCUCGGGUCAUAAAGCACGGAAACAGGCCCGCGGCUACCCUUCCUCCUCCUCUGCUAUCGCUUCUUCUAGCUCCUCCUCCUCCUCCUCCUCCAUCAUCUCAUCGAGCCUCCAGGAGAAGGUGGGACAGUGGAGCUGCCCAGCAUGCACCUUGCUCAACGACCUCAAGUCCAAGAACUGUGCAGCGUGCCACACGCCGCAGCAGUACCUCACCCUCCGUAAGGUGGCGAAGCCUCUGAAGAGGAGGGAGAGCAUGCAUGUGGACGCCCGGCGGCGAAAUGAUGAAGGCGAGGCCAAGGAGCUUUUGGAGAACAUAGUCAGCUUCUGCAGAGAGAACUCGGUGAACUUUGUGGACGACAGUUUCCCCCCCGGUCCUCGCUCCGUGGGCUUCCCCGAGGGCGACAGCGUCCAGCAGCGCAUCAAAAAGUGGCUCCGCCCCCACGAGAUCAACUGCAGCAACUUCAAAGAUCGAGGCGUCAAGUGGUCCGUCUUCCGCACGCCACGGCCCUCUGACAUCCUGCAAGGCCUGCUGGGAAACUGCUGGUUCCUGAGCGCGCUGGCGGUGCUGGCGGAGCGUCCCGAGCUGGUGGAGAGGGUGAUGAUCACCAGGACUAUCUGCCAGGAGGGGGCCUACCAGGUCCGGUUGUGUAAAGACGGCACGUGGACGACGGUGCUGGUGGACGACAUGCUGCCCUGCGACGACUACGGAUACCUCCUAUUCUCCCAGGCUCAGAGGAAGCAGCUAUGGGUGGCGCUGAUAGAGAAGGCCCUGGCCAAACUCCAUGGCUCCUACUUUGCCCUGCAGGCGGGGCGCGCCAUCGAGGGCCUGGCCACGCUGACGGGGGCUCCCUGCGACUCCCUGAUGCUGCAGGUCAGCUCCACCAACCCCCGGGAGGAGCCCAUCGACACCGACCUCAUCUGGGCCAAGAUGCUCAGCUCCAAGGAGGCAGGGUUUCUGAUGGGCGCGUCUUGUGGAGGAGGCAACAUGAAGGUAGACGACGUUGUGUACGAGUCUCAUGGUCUGCGGCCCCGACACGCGUACUCCAUCCUGGACGUACGAGAGGUGCAGGGUUACAGGUUGUUGCGGCUGCGUAACCCGUGGGGACGCUUCUCGUGGAACGGAAACUGGUCGGACGAGUGGACAGAGUGGCCGCAGAACCUGAGGCACGAGCUGAUGGCCCACGGCAGCAGUGAGGGGGUCUUCUGGAUGGAGUACAGUGACUUUAUAAAGUACUUUGACUCCGUGGACAUCUGUAAGAUCCACUCUGACUGGCAGGAAGUGAGGCUGCAGGGCUGCUUCCCCAGCAAGGCCAGUGGCCCGGUCACCGUCACAGCGCUCACCGUGCUGGAGAGGACGGCGCUGGAGUUUGCUCUCUUCCAGGAGGGAAGCAGGCGUUCGGACACAGCGGACAGCCACCUGCUGGACCUGUGCAUCAUGGUGUUCCGUGCGUCCUUCGGCAGCGGCAACAAGCUGACUCUGGGCCGCCUGUUGGCCCACAGCAAGCGAGCCGUGAAGAAGUUUGUGGGCUGCGAUGUGAUGCUGGAGCCGGGGGAGUACGCUGUCGUCUGCUGCGCCUUCAACCACUGGCAGAUGAACGUCAGUGGGACGCCAGUGGGAGGUCCACCCACACCCAUCUCCAGUCCUACCAGCGCAGCAGCACGGCGGCCCAGCAACGACUUCCCCGGCUACAUCCUCGCCAUCUACAGCUCCAGACAGGUGAUGGUGGAGCAGGUGGAGGCCAUGGCCACCACGCUGGCCGACGCCAUCAUCCUGCUCACGGAGAACAAAGGCGAAAGACAUGAGGGCCGCGAGGGCAUGACGUGCUACUACCUGACCCACGGGUGGGCGGGGCUUAUCGUGGUGGUGGAGAACCGCCACCCCAAAUACUACCUCCACGUCUCCUGUGACUGCACUGACAGCUUCAACGUGGUGUCCACGCGCGGCAGCCUCAAAACCAUCGACAGCGUGCCCCCUCUGCACAGGCAGGUGCUGGUGGUGCUCUCCCAGCUAGAAGGAAACGCCGGCUUCUCCAUCACACACCGCCUGGCUCACCGUAAAGCAGCCCAGGCCUCUCUGGGGGACUGGACCCCCACCAAGGCCACCCACAGCCCCGAGCUCACCCCGGACAUCGACGGUCUGCACCGCCCCCGGCCGCUAUGACCACCGCCCUCCGUCUCACACACACACUCAGACUCUUAUCCAAUGAACUGUCAGACCACUGGAAACCCAGGCGGGGGGGGGCGGGGGUCGUGUGCAGCCCUGAAUGGUGGAGAAAGAUGUGUAUUUGUGUGUCCCUUUGGGUGAACACACACCUUGAAUGUAAAUGGGCAGCGUUUGUGUGUCCUUCUAAGGCUCCAUAAAUGCUUUCAUCCGCGAUCUCUCCCUCGCCAUAGGGGACGUGCCAUGUCAGGAUGAAAUGAGGGAAGCGGGGGCCACGUGAAGUGACCCCGGACUUACUUAAGGAACUAUUUUUCACCCGGGGGCACCUAACGGGAUCCAGUUCAGACUACUUAACAUUCUGGUACGAGCGCUGUACGUGGAAGGGAUGUCCUAUAUCCUUCACAGGAGUCAGGGUGGAGUGCCGUAACUACUGAGCCAUUUUCCGGCCCACAAACUAUGAGCCAAUCACCCGCAGCGAUCAGACACUAACCCCCAUGUCGUCUACGAGGACAGCUAACUAAGUCGGAGACUUCAGGGGGGGGAGGGGUUUAUCUCGCCCCGGCCCUCCCUACGGUACUUAAUGAGCCAAAUCCAUAUUCAUGUUUUUUUAAUCAAGAUAAUACACGUCGGUCUUACUUGUUUUAUACAACGCCCUUGUUGCUGUCUUGUCCAUAUUUGUGUUUUUUGAGGUCGUAUAAAAAAAAGCCAUCAGUACUGUCUGUCAUCGUCAUCGCAGUGCUGUCUCGCACUCCCCGAGCUCAGGACCAAACACAGCUGGAGUCAAGCUAAACCUCGAGAUGAUAGCUGGAGAAGCAUCUCUUAUUGUAAACUCUGGUUUAGAUGGGUUUUUAUCUUGUGAAAUACUGACACAUUUUAGAUUCCCUUAAUUGUGUUUUGCGUUUUCCCUACAGAAAACAGCCACUGUAACUCCCUUCUUCCCCUUCUUCAUCUCCUCUCAGCCUCAGUGUUGGGGGGCAAACGCUGUAGGCGAGUCAUUUAAUGACCAGCUUUGUAGAUCACCCCUCGGGCCUGCUGGCUUCUCUCAUCCAGUUCAGCCGUCGCUAUACAUCUUCACACAGAAAUCCCACCCUCUACAGAAGUUGUAUGAAUGCUUCUUGCACUCUUAGAUUGUGAACCCCUAAAAUAUGUGUCUCGAUACUGAAGGUCAGCUGUCUGUUUCUCACAGUAUUUCGGUGUACACUUUAGUGUGCUGAGGGAGUAGCAGAGUCGCUGUUUGAACAGUCACUUUGCCACAGAAGAGCUCUUACGUUGAGCUGCACAGUUUACUUUGGGAGGUCAGGGACCAUUUUUGUUUGCUUGUGUGCAGCACGAACAUCUGGGCCGUCCUCCCACUAGAAUACUCCCGACCGCACAUAAACGACAAGUGGAGUCCUCGUUUAAUAACAAAUUCACAUUUUAGUCAGACUGCAUGCACAUAACAAGAGAGAGAAGGGACCCCUGAGACAUUUUGUGACACAGAAAAUAAGUGGAGUUCCCGCUGCAAAGGAUGGGCUGCCUACAGCUGUUUUUACGAAGGUCCUCUUUCCAUUCCUCCAGUGUCAAAGCCAUUACUCCUGCUUCACUAAGGAUCAUUCAGGCCUCACCAUGGCAACAUAGAUGUUUCAUUCAUCCGAGAGAGGGAACGAUGAAUGCGGUACUACAGUAACGGGAUGGAGUGUGACUCUUUUCCAAGUCAAAGUUGAUGUCUUGUUAUUGUGUGGGGAUAAACUUGAAAGCUGAAAUUGCUCGAGCACUCAUACAAUGGUAGGGGAAAAAAGCUUCUUUAUUAUGUCAAGAUCAUAGUUUCCACAUGAAAUGAUUCAGUUAAGGACUUAAACUCAGCUACCUUGAGUUGAAAAAGUGCCGAAUCGUGCUUCAUCUCAUGAGAAUUGUCUUUUCUUUCCUUAUGGUUUACAGUAAACGGCAGCACUGUGUCCCGUAUGCUUGCAGUCUUACUUACUUCGCACAAACACGACUUGCAGGCUGUCAUCCUCAUAUGAAAACUACUCCAGCAGUGUGGCGUUUCUUUGCUGAAACCCGAAGCUGAAGUAACUGUAAAUAUGUUUUCCAAAGAAACAUACCGUGUAAUAAUGACCACUCUCAGAUGUCUGUGUGGUCGCAGCACAGCAGCUGUGAACUUUAAUUUAUUUGUAUAAGUGAUUUGCAGGCCUGUUGUCAAAAUGAUCAUUGCUGAAUACUGGUAUGACGGAUAAAGGAAUGUGAUAAUGUACCGGCGUUACAUUGAGCCCAGAGGGGUUAGCUUGACCAGAAAUGAACCUGCACUGAAACAACCUGCAAUGACGAGGCACCUCAAAGACAUUCAGUGUCACCGCUGGAUCACUUUACAUGAGAUUUUGUUUUAUACAACGUUUUUUUUGUCAUAAUUGUCAUCUUGGCUCUUUGCUGGUGAACCUACUCCUCUUCUGUGAAGUUGUGGUGCUGACUCUUCUGUGCGUCAGGGGCGCCCCCUGCUGCCGGAGAGGAAAACACAACGCCUUGUUUCUUUCCAUUCGUCUGCUUCCCUCCGUGUAAAUUGUACAGAAUGCAGACUUAAGCCACAUAAAAGAUAGAAAAUGGAGAGGAGGGAUACAUCACUGACCCUUUUAAACUUGUAUGAUAGUAGAAACAAUUAAGAAAUUCAACCUAACGCUGAAAAAAAAUGAACUCUAAUGAAUGUGAUAUAUAUUUUAUUGAUCUUUUUCUGGGAGGGGAAUAUGAGAAUAUGUGUACAAACAAUGUAUGUUUAAUUUUUAAUCUCAGGUUCCGACGGACCAAAUAAAUUUUUUAAAUUA